AUGCCUCCACAGAUUCCUCACCUCCGCUCGACAGAGCUCUCGAAGCAACUCAUCAUCAACGAUGAGCCCUUCCUGAUGCUCGCAGGCGAACUGCAGAACUCCUCAUUCACAUCUUCAUCUUUCAUGAAAGAAGUAUGGCCAAAGCUGAAAGCAGCGAAUCUCAACACUGUCUUGGGAUGCAUUACCUGGGAGCAGUUUGAGCCAGAAGAGGGGGAUUUCCACCUCGACGAAUUGGAGAAGCUGAUCCAGGAUGCGAAAAGUUUGGGGAUGAAGUUGAUCUUGCUCUGGUUUGGGAGUUUCAAAAAUGGCCUUUCGACUUACGUGCCACCUUGGGUGAAAAUGGAUCCCAAGCGCUUCCCGAGGGCGAAGAUCCGCACAGCUACGACCGAGGCGCAAGCUGCUGAUGUGCUCUCCAUAUUCGGCCAGAACGCGCAGAAAGCAGACUCUUUGGCAUUCAAGACUCUCAUGCAGCACAUUAAACGGAUCGACGAGGACCACUCGACUGUGAUCAUGGUUCAAGUGGAGAACGAAGUCGGCUUGUUAGGCGACUCUCGCGACCGUGGCGAGUUGGCUGAGCAGCAAUUCAAACAAACCAUUCCCACAGACCUCCUUGACGUUCUGGAGAAAGACUGGAGCAGACUCAACCAGCCCCUCAAACAUACUCUGACUGCAUGGCGAGAAGAGGGCUUCAGGCGCGGGUUGACAUGGGCAUCCUUUCCUGGUAGCAGAGUAUACGUUGACGAGCUUUUCAUGGCCUACCAUUAUGCCCUCUAUGUGAAUGCGGUGGCCUCUGCUGGCAAAGAUGUGUACCCCUUGCCAAUGUAUACGAACGUCUGGCAGAACUAUGGUUCCGAAGAUCGAGACAAGUCUCUCGUGUUACCUGCCAAGAUCGAUGCGGCAGGUGGGAAUCUUCCAGGCGCCUACCCAUCUGGCGGUGCUAUCGAUAAUGUGCUGGAUGUAUGGCAGACAUUCGCCCCAGCGCUGGAUUUUAUUGCCCCUGACGUCUAUCUCAACGACUACGAGAACUCUUGCAGGAAGUACAGGCACCGCGGACAGCCCCUUCUCAUCCCUGAGCAGCGACGUGACGACCAUGGUGCAAGACGAAUCUGGGCGGCCUUCUGUUCAUACCAAGCUCUGGGAGCAGCGCCCUUUGGUAUCGACACUCUAUCCGUGGAGGAGAAUGUGUUCCGAAAACAUUAUGAGCUUUUGUCGUCUGUCGCUCCACACAUUUUGCAAGCCCAAACGAAGACCAGCGCAAGCUAUGGCUUCUUCUUUGAUGAGUUGCUCGAAGACGGGACAGACACCUUCCCGACAAGGGAGAUCGAUAUGGCUGGAUGGCACUUGGCCGUCGAACGAUCCUUUGUUUUCGGCAAGCCAUCCGCAGGCAGUGGUGCCGUCAUUCAUCUUCACGGCAGUGAAUUCCUGCUACUUGGGUGGGGCUUCCAAGUCAGCUUCACAUCCUUGGACGAAAGAGCGUACUUCAACGGUCUACUCAAGUUCGAAGAGAAGGAGGUCGUGAACAAUGCUACGGGUGAGCUGAGAACACUGCGUCGGCUCAAUGGUGACGAGACGAGGAGUGGCAAGUGUGCUGUGAUGCCGAGCGAGGAUCCUGAUUAUGGUGGUUUUCCCAUCAGUAUCACGAUCCCGGCGAGGACUGGUAUUGCUGUGUGUGAGCCUUAUGCUCUUUUCGCGGAGACCUAG